UGGGAGCUGGAGGAUUGGGCAGGCAGUGUGGUUUUACAGUACCUAGAAGCAGAUUUUCAGUCUGGAAUCUGAGAACACACGAGCCUUGCCUCUCUCUCUGAAAACCGAAACUCCACAGAUUUUGCAUGGCAGGGCAAGCCUACUGCCGGUCUGUCUGUCGUAAUGGUGAGAUAGUGCAGGGAUAUGAAACAAGAGUCUCGCUGUUGAAAAGAAACCAUGCAGACUGUCUCUAAGUGCCUUUGAGAACCUGAGACACACUAGAAGACAGAGUGUAAUGUAGUUGGGCACAGAAUCUGUAGAUUUGAACAGUGCUGGUCUGAAAGUGUUCUUGGGGAAAGCUUGGAGUUCAUAAAAUUCAUCCUUGCUGCUUCAGAGAGCGAAGUGAUUUGAUGCGUUUGACUGCACGAUGCGUACAGACACUAUUUCAUUUCCUUCAAGGGCGAUGGAGGAGUUAGUGGUGGAGCUGCAGCUCUUCCUGGAGCUCCUUGAACGCGAGUACCUAAGUGCCACCGUGAGAGAGAAGAAGGCUCUGAUCACAAACAUUCUGCACAGGAUACAGGCAACAAAAGAACCUUUACACAAGACUGAGAUGCACAGUGGCCUGCCAGCUCCACCCCAGAUGCCCCUGCCAGAAAUCCCUCAUCAAUGGCUGCCUCCGGAUAAUGGCCCCCCACCUUUACCCAGCUCGUCCCUCCCUGAGGGCUAUUAUGAAGAGGCUGUACCACUUAGCCCUGGAAAGGCUCCAGAAUACAUCACCUCUCACUAUGACUCUGAUGCAAUGAGUAGCUCAUACGAGUCUUAUGAUGAGGAAGAGGAGGAUGGCAAAGGAAAGAAGAUGAGGCACCAAUGGCCCUCUGAGGAGGCGUCCAUGGACCUGGUCAAAGACGCCCGCAUCUGUGCCUUCCUGCUCCGCAAGAAGCGCUUUGGACAGUGGACCAAACUGCUGUGCGUCAUUAAAGACAACAAACUAAUGUGUUAUAAAAGCUCCAAAGACCAGAAUCCCCAGAUGGAGCUUAUUCUAACUGGAUGCAGUAUCACCCACAUCCCCAAGGAUGGGAAAAAGAAGAAGCACGAGCUGAAGAUCACACACCAAGGAGCAGAUGCACUAGUGCUGGCUGUGCAGAGCAAGGAGCAGGCAGAGGAAUGGUUAAAGGUGAUUAAAGAUGUUUGCAGCAGUUGCAAUGCAGUAGUUGAUUCAGAUGGGGCUGCCUCCAGUUCUCCAUUACAUAAGACAGAGCAAGAAAAGAAAUUGUCAUGUGACCGGCCAUGUUCGGAUGGAGAGUGGAAUCUAGAGAACGGAGCUGCUGAUGUGAAAGAGCAGGCAGGGAAAGGAAAGAAAAACUCAAAGAAUGAGCAAAAGGGCACUGUGAGUAAAGUAGCGGGAAAGAAGAUUACAAAGAUCAUUAGUUUGGGAAAGAAGAAACCAUCGACUGAUGAGCAGACCUCUUCAGCAGAGGAAGAUGUUCCCACCUGUGGAUAUCUGAAUGUUCUGUCCAACAACCGCUGGCGAGAGCGCUGGUGCCGAGUGAAAGACAACCAGCUGAUUCUGCACAAGGAGCGGACGGACCUGAAAACGCACAUGGCCUCCAUCCCACUGCGGGGCUGUGAGGUCAUCCCAGGCCUGGAUUCCAAACACCCCUUAGCAUUCCGUCUGCUGCGCAAUGCACAAGAAGUGGCUGUGCUUGAGGCCUCUUCCUCCGAGGGAAUGGGCAGGUGGCUUGGCGUCCUGCUGGCAGAGAGCGGCUCUUCCACAGACCCUGCAGCUCUGCACUAUGAUUACAUUGAUGUGGAGACGACUGCUAAUGUGGUACAGUUGGCAAAGCAGUCCUUCUGCUUCACAAACAGGCGUGCUGUGUCUCCUAACCCCUAUUUGGAUAACCCCACUAAUGGCUAUUCCUGCCCUUCUGGGGUCGCCCUGCAUUAUGAUGAUGUCCCAUGUAUAAAUGGAUCGGAACCAGGAGACAAAAUGUAUUCCACUCCAGCUAGCAGAAACUGGAGGGAUGAGGGGCUGUAUGAGAACGCUGGCCUGUAUGAAAAUUCCCCUUCUCCAACGCUUGCUGCCCGCUACUCACCUAAGCUUUCUAGGGCUUCUUCAUCUAAACAACCACCUGCUAACCAGUACAAAACUCCUACCCCCUCCAAACUUCCCUCUUCUCUGCCUGUCACUAACACCUCUGCUGGGGGGCGGGGAUCAGCCGGGCCAGCCUCACAGAUCAAAGGAAAGAAAAUACCUGUGACCAACGGAGUUGCUCCCAAGCAGAAAGUGGACAGAGCCCAACUGAAGAAGCCAAAUGGAAACACUACGAUUAAACGCAACAAUUCCAAUGCAGAUCAGUACAAGUAUGGUAAAAACCGUGUAGAAGCCGAUGCCAAGAGACUGCAGGCCAAGGUAGAUGAGCUCCUGAAAAAGAAGCAGGACCUCCGCAACCGGCUGGCCCAGCUGAGGAAGGAGAGAAAGGACCUCCGAGCUGCAAUAGAAGCCAAUACAGGCAGGAAAUCCCAGACUGUUCUUGAGGACAAGCUGAAGAGACUGGAAGAUGAGUGUAAACAGAAAGAGACGGAACGCGUCAAUCUGGAGUUGGAGGUGACGGAGGUCAAAGAGAGCCUGAAGAAAGCCAUGAACGGCGGGGUUACUCUGGGUCUGACCAUUGAGCCAAGGUCUGGGACCUCCAGCCCUCAGUCCCCAGUGUUCAUGCGACGCACUCUUGAUAAUUCCCCCGCCUCCAGCUGUGACACCAGCGAUACAGAAACCUCCUCGCUUCCUGUGAACAGCGCUGCUGCACUGGAGAGACGGUCCUCACAGAAGACAUCCCCAAAUCGGGGUCAUGUUCUUCGGAAAGCCAAGGAAUGGGAAAUGAAAACUGGCACAUAG